CUCGUGUGUCUCUGAGCGUGCCCGGUUGGGCAAUCUCGGAUAGGCGGUUUGAGAAAUCUUAAUCAAGCUGCUGGUUCUUUCAUCAGAAACAUUUAAACGUCACACUUUGAAGAUUACUGGGAGAGAAGACGAACUCCUACAUUCCAUAUUCCUUAAUCUUUCAAAAUCUCUUGAAAAUAAAAUCUCUAUCCUUCAAAGCGAUUACGUCCUCCACUUACUUUGUACCCACAAACUCAGCAAGAAGAUAUGUCGUCGGUUUCCGGUACUCCGAGGACCAAUCCUUUCAAGUACGAACUCCAGUUAGUUGAGGGGAUGGUCAACCCCCAAUUCCCUUCGUGGGCUUUGGCCAUCUUGAUGUUGUUCGCCAUCAUGAGAGGUAUUCUCAUCCUUAUAUGUAUAGCAAUCAUGGUGAUACCGCUAGGAAAGGGUCACGCAAGCCGCAAAAAACACUGGUUCUUAUUUCGUGGAGUAUACCCAGAACCAGGGAGAGGCAUUCCCUAUGUCGUUCCUAAUCGUUCAAUGAUUAUUGUCGUAUGUGAGCUUUUCUCUAGCAUUUUGUACUUGUUGGCGGCGUGUGAAAACUACAAGACUUAUAAACACUUAGGGCUAGAGGAAGGAAGUAGUGGUUGGUUUCUUGUGCUCUGGUAUGGUUUGACGUGGCUUCCGUCAUAUUUGGGAAUUAUGAUGUCUGCUUUCAGUCUCUGUUAUGCUUGCCUUUGCGAUGUUAAUGGGAACAAGAAAAGCAAAAUCCCUCAAUUGCUUACCCCGGCUGUCUACAACUCUGCGUGGACUCUCUGGACCAUCAUUACUAUUUCUUUUAUGGCAUUUUGGACAUUUCGUAUGACGCAGGCAACAUCUGAGUUGGAGGCCAGUUGUCUUCACCUCAUGAGACUGGUACAGCGAGGAGCCGAUUCAUGGGAUGCUGAUCCUUCUCAGCCAAUGCCUAUGAGAGCCAUGUCUGCAGCCCAACUUUCUCUAGCUCGCGCUAUCCAAAAGGCUGCUUCAGUUAUUGAUGGAUGGGCUACCACUUGGGUCGUUUUGGCAGUCUCAUUAGCAAUUUUUUACCUCUUCACAGUUCAGCUGUUAAUUCGCAUGCUUAAGCAGGUUCUGCGUAAGCGACUUAUAGACUCUAUGGCUGUAGAUGCACAAUGGUCUUCACCAAUAUGGCAAGAACUGGAGCAGGAGUUCAGGUUCCUUUUCAAGUCUUCUAUCCUUGUUACCCUAAGCAUUCUCUCUCAAAUCUCUGAAUUGGCAUUUCAGACGCACAGUGCAAGAAACCUCACCGAUGUAAACUGGAGGAUUGGUUCCGCCCUGAUCACACAGCUUCCGGGAAUCUUCAUGACACCAGCGAUUCUGGUACAAUCGUGGAGAAUAUUCACAGAGCGUUCGGAAGAAUCCAAUUUUCAAGAAGUUCCCAUGGUAUUUGAUGAUAAAAAGAUUCCAGAAAUGACUUCUCAGCUUUUGGGAUGGGAUACAACGGUUUGCUGGGGUAGGGAGAUGGAUUUGGAUGUCGUCAACUUUCCUGGUCUUUGCGAGGUCCAAUCAACAUUUUCAAAGGAAAGAGAAGACGUAGAUCAGAAAGAGAAGCGAGUAACCCUUGAAAGUCCUUCUGGUGAUAUAAGUGUUAUGCGCUCAAUUACAGUCACUCAUGAAGAAAUUUAAUUAUAUCCACCUCAUUACUCAGUCAUCAUAAGUCGUCAUUGACCAUGUCAUCACUGACACUUUUUUUAGGUACUCCAAAGCUUCUUGUUUCGAUUUCAUUAUUGUUUGUUUUUUGCACUCAUUCUAUCAACACCAAAUCAACUUUUAUCAGUAUGCUUAUGUGUAAAGGCCUUCUGUAAAUCUCUCAAUAACAUUUACCCUAAUCUGUUGGUGGAUAGUUGUUUCAAUUCGGUGACUAGUGAUGAUAUGAAAUCAGCCCAUAUUUUACCUUGUUUU